UAUACGCAAAGAACCGCUGAGACACUUUCGCUUUACUGACACAGACAGACAUACUGCUUCUGAAAAGCAACGGAAGAACAAAGGAAGAAGAAUUGAAGCAACUGUUACUAAAGAUGGGAUUUGCUGCGAGUAUUGUCCUGGUAAUAUUGUUCACAGACUAUGUCAUUUCAGGGGUCUUUAAGGGCUUUGAGGUUGUGGGGUCUUGUAUGGAACCCCAUAGCUUCAAUGGUGGGCCCUUGAGGACAGUUUACGGUCACACCGCUACAUCCUGUGCCAACCUGUGCAGUGGGGAGACACUGUGCCAUUCCUUCACGUUCAGGAACUCCUCUUCAACCUGUUUUCUCCAUCGUGCUUACAUUCCCGAGUGGCCCUGUGACAAAUUUGGCGACCUCCACUUCAACGACCUUUACAACCCCUGUCUUCAUGGCGGAGACCACAACCCUGACACAAACAUCUGUCGGUGUUUCAAUGGCUACAAAGGAGAUGUGUGUGAAGAUGUGAUUACAGACUGUUCCGAUGGUGUGGCUCAUUACAACGGACAGAAUGGCGAAUAUAUUAUCCAACCUCAUCUGUCCCCCCGCCCAUUUAUUGUCUACUGUGACAUGGCCUUAGGUGGACGAACCACCAUUUUGAAACAGAGCACUGGAAAUGAAAACUUCAACAGACCGUGGGAUGACUACAAGAAUGGAUUUGGAAACAUUUCAGGAGACCAUUGGCUGGGCAAUGACUACAUCCACUAUAUCAGCUACAGCAGAAAACACUCGCUCUUGGUACAGGUUGAAACGGGUAGCAGCUAUCACCAGUAUUACAUGCAGGACUUUGGAGUAAAUGAUGAAGCAAGUAAGUAUAACCUGACGUUUGGCCAUCAUUUCACCAGUGACAAGUUUCAUGAAUCCCUCGAAGACUGCCUUGGACCGUUGUACGGUUCAUCAUUCAGCACCCCGGACCAGGACAAUGACAACAGUGCUCGGAACUGUGCUCAGGACUUUCAGUCAGGCUGGUGGUUCAAGGACUGCUCCACUUGCAAUCCCACGGGCGUGUAUGAGGCAUCCCCAGUCAGUGGACAGGCUGGCGGCGCUGACAGUGACCUACACUGGACUCCUGGGCAGGGAUUGGCAACCCGGUCCCCGAGGAUGAUGCUCUUGUACCUGGUCUACAACAACCCAGACACGUGGGGAUAAGACAGUCAGCUUGGCCCUGGUCAGGCAGCCAAGGAUGAUUGAAAGAGACCAAGGCAGCAAUGGAUGAAGAAAUACAUUAAAUAUAUUAAAAACGGAACAGAUGACUUUUAACAUUUUAGGUGUUACUCACAGCUUUCAGCGUCGGAGUGAUCAUUCAUACCUUAUGCCCGCAAAACAAAAGACAGAAAAAGAACUUCUCCCCCUAGUCUAUUCCCACCUGCUCUGCUAUCGAUAGGUUCCUGUGGUGACCCUCUUUUGCCGUUAUGCUCUGCAUACGAAAGACAAAUAGAAUGAAUAUCCAACAUAUAUAGUGCUUCUUUAGACAAAGGCAUUAAGGUACGUGCAUUUUCGAAAUGGUCUCAUAUACUCUAAGCUCAUUUCUACAUUGAAAGUUUCUUUAGUGUUUGUGUUGUGCCUUAAAGGCUUUGCUAAAAAGUGAUAUUUAUAAUUCCUCUUUUUUUGUUGUC